CUUGAAGAGCAAGAUGCUGCUAUCGGUCUGGCUACUUGUCAUCGCCGCGGUUGCAGCGUCGACAUCGUUGCAGAAUGAAACAACACGAGAUCAAGACGCACCUGCCACACAAACAACUACCCUUUUGGAUACGGAAAUCGGACUGCUACACGAGCAGCUACUCGAGCAGAAGCAGCGACUAGAUGGUCUCGAGCAGGAGUUUCCUGCCGUUGCUGGUCAUGGAACUAACGUCGAGCAAGACGACAACCCGCAAAUCUCCUCAUUUGGGUCAUCAAGGAGUCCGACCGACAUAAAGAUCCACGCUGAGGGAUUCUCGACUGACUGGCUGGUUGAAAAGCUCGUCGUCCCGGCGUGGUCGUCCCCUGCUUCAAGCACAACUCCUACCGCUCAACAAGCGGCCACGACGCUCCUUGAUGCGAGGUUUUUGACGACGCGAACUGGCAAAGCCAUUGACCAUGGGAAACAUGCUCGACUGCCGACGCACGUGCUGGUUAGUUUGGAACAAGAUAGUCCCCCUGGUGGUGAACAUGCACCGAGCAAUAGGAGAGCAGCACAGUAUAAUUCCCAACCUCAACAGUCUAUUGCUUUCUACACAGCGGACAACGUUGUCAGAAGCCGAGCACUCGUUCGGUUGUCUGUGCCAGAGAAUUCACCGAGGUGCUCAAGUCUCUAUACGACUUUGAUCGGAAACGGCGGGCUGGUUUUGAUAAAGUGCGACGCGGAAGUUCUCCGGAUGAAGGUAACCAUGCAGAACGCCGCAGGCCGCAGCCGGCAGGAGAGGAAGAUCUCCGACACAGAGAAGCUCGCCGCUUUCCACCCACCGCAUGCGCAUUUAAACUUGACAGCAAACUGGCUACCGGUUGCCGACAUGGUCAUGGAAGAGAGUAGCGCAAGCGCCGAGGUUCGUAUCCACUAAGUGCCCAUCCUUGAUAAGCAAUUUUGAAUCGCUAAAAAAAUGAACAUUUUCUGCAGUUGUUGAGUAAAUGUAAGUUGUAUCCAGCAUGAAUACAUGAUGUAGAUUCCGAUCCUAAAUCAAUUUCAUCGUCCUGAUGUCUGUCUCUCGUUUCAACAGGUUGCUUCGCUACUCUCCAGCAUAGCCCUUGUUGGUGUAACAGGUCGUCGCGGAGGCUGGUCGUAUGUGGUCGCGGCCCACGAAAACGGACUAAUUCACGCACAAGACUCGCGGGACGGCCGACGCGUUUCUGACGACAUAGACCUGCUCACCUUGGCUGCGCCAACAGGAAGUUUCGGCGUUUGCAGCGCGGACGAGACUGAUUCAAGUACAAAUGAAACGGAAGCAGGGGCUUCCUCGACGGAGUCUGCAAAAUGUUCUCCACCUAGCAAUGGCCGUGUUCCCGCCCAGCUACCUCUGUCGAUCCUGCAGAUGGAAAGCCAUCGCGAUCUGAGCCUCGUUCUAUGGCGAACUUCCAGUUCGUGGGGUGUGCUCGAGCUGAUAACUACUCCAAAGCCCUCGAGUCGGGAUAAGAAGCAGUCAGCGAGCCACGGAUUCGAGCAAUCGUCGAGACCGCCGAUGCCACUGUCGCUCGUCGUGAAACGAUGCAUGCGGGGAUUGCAGGAUUUCGAAAUUUUCAAUCAAAGAACACAUGACCAGGGUCUAGCUGGCAGCGGAGCUACUGCUGCAAAAACAAAAAGUGGCUCUACCAGAACUCCACUCAAGAUUCACUCCGUUCGAUGGGACGGAUACCUCGCUUACGUUGCCUUUUCUAUCAACACAGCAACCUUCUUGGUCGAAUCCACGCACGAACUUUUACGGACGCACUGCGAUGACACGGAGCGAAUGGUACGCGCGCGCAGAUUGUGGCAGCUCGAGAUUCCGGGCGAGACGGGAGCAGGAGGAAAAAGUAGGUCCGACGAAGACGCCAGCGAGAAAAGAACUGUUGAGCAGCUGGACAUUCAAGUCCUCGGGGAGCGCGAGAUGCUGCUGGUAGCAAGGGGCGACCGCGUCUUCGCGUUCCACCUUCUAAACAAUGCCCGGAAGAAGAUCUUUCCUGCGAAAGUGGCAUUCGAGCACUUCUAUGACGCAGCGAGGACCUCCCAUACGAAAUCCGAAUCCGAACCAACAGGCGGGCAGAAAACACGUCUCCCGUUGCAACCAUCUUUGCCACUGCUUUGGAUUUUGAGCAGCGAAGAUGUGCAGACCGCGGCGGGUAUUGACGAGAACGCUGGUAGUUCGAAGUCGCUUUCCCCCUCAUUGUCAUCUGAAGCGCCUCGUCUCCCUGAAAGAAGAAAUCCAGACCUCCAGAUGGCAGCAGCGUCUCGCGGAGCUCAAGGCUUUGCAAACGAUUUGCUUUUUGUGCGAAGAAGUACACGCUCAAGUAGUGGCACAGCUAAACCGACGGAGCAAGCAGAAUCUCUGCCCGCCAGCUUUGGAGUUUUGUUCGACCUGCUCGAGCCGCGGCGGCCAUGGAAUCGCGAUUCCCAGCCCUCCGCCCGGAGUCCCUCUGCCACCACGGACGACCUGAAGAAUGCAAAGGAGAGCGCAGACCAAAGCAAAAAGAGCAACAAGUGGGACUACUUCAGCUGGCUGAGCUACUCCAGGAUACCCAUGAUGUGUGCCGCGUUUGGCAUUUUGUACGCGAUUAAGGGAAAAACGAUGUUCUCCAAGCUGCAAAACCGCGGCGGCGGCAACAACCGUUUCGGGGGAAGCAGCCGGGGAAUGGGAGGUGGGCUCGGGCAGCUUGAAAACCUUGCCAACGGGCGGUUUGGAAACCACGUGCGGGGUGACGUCGCUGGUAGCUUGCGAAACUUGGCAGCCAGUAGUCGAAGCCACUUUCACCCGCCGGGGUCUGUGCGGAACCGGGGGUCCAAUGCCUCCCGGGCGUUCAACCCCGAUCGAUUCAACGCUGCACUCCAAAACUACCGCGGCACUAACCCUGCGGCGUACCGCAUGUAGAACUACUAGUACUAGGUUGCGCAGCCGCCUGCUUCUACUUCGGAAUAUUAAAGCAAAGAACGCAAGCGAUCCAGAUCCGCAAAUACGUACGUUUCUCU